UUUGCACCACAUAAAUCACAAUCUACCCCCUACCCAAAACCAAGGCCACCGACUCCAAAAUUUAAGCACCCAAAUUUCAUUUUUAUAUAAUAAAAACAACACCAACCCUCCGUGUAUUGUCUCUUUUAGUCCCCAUCUCAGGAGUAUAUAUAUGCCAUUAUCAACAGUUCAAAUUUUCUUUUCAUGAAUAGGCCCAGAAGAAUUCGAUUCAUAGAUGGUAUCCUGGAGGCUGUUUUGCUGUCGAAAGGAUAUAUCCAUCAUUGUUUGAUACUGUGAAUUAACUCAACAUCCCAUUUUUAACUUCUUCAAAUUUUUUUCCCUUCCAAAUUUCAUGCUCCAAAGUGGAUGUUGGUCUAAAAUUUUUGCAUGCCGGCCAAGGUUGUCUUUUAGCUGUAGCCUUUAGGUUUUAUCCCCACUACAGCAUAAAAUCUUAACCUCUUUGUCGUCCCCAAUAGUAUCGAUGAAAGUGAGGGUGCAUAUGUACUAGCUUGACUAUUGGCCGGCCUGAUAGCCCCUCACUUUCUUUCACUCACAAAUAAGAAAGAGACCCUGUUUGCUUGGCCUGCACUGACUUUUGUAUUUUCCAUUGUUUGUUUAUUGCUCCUUUAGCAGUUGGUUUUACUUCUUUAUAUUCCACUUGUCUCCCUAUUUCUCCGCCUUUCUCUCUCCGUAAUUCAAAAUUUCCUUGUUCUUGAUAUAUAAAUCCCACUUUCUGCACUGUUUGUUUCUUCCCAGGAGGAUCCAACAGUGUUUGAAAUAGAAAGUUUGCAUUAACUUUCAAACCAUGGAGAGUACAGCAAUUAGCUGUGAUGAUGAAGGAAAAUGGGAAGCUGAGGAAGAAGAAGCAUUGUCAUUGUGUGAUUUGCCAGUCAAUUUGAUUAAAGAAGAGAACCAAGUCCAGCCAAGGAAUGAUGAAGCUGGUGAAUCCCAAGCAAGUAAAGCAGAAGAAGAUUUUAACUUCGGUUCAUGGGGUGGCUCUCUUUCUACAGAACCAGAAAUGUGCGCAGCUGAUGACGUGUUCUUUAAAGGCCAAAUUUUACCCCUGCGUCUCUCAGUUAGUUCAGAUAGCGGCCUGACAGGGUGCCGCCACGAUAGCCAGAACACUGGCCGCUGCCUCUCAAGGUCAGAGUCCAUGGAUCAUGGAUCAUUAAGUAGGUUCACACGUAUUGGUAGCAGUAGCAGAAGCAACAGCAAUAGAAGUAGUCAUUACUCAACAAGUAGCAGUAAUUCCAUCACAGUUACAGCAAGAAAUUUCAAUUCAGUUGUCAAUUCCAAUUCCAGUUUCAAUUUCAAGUCAAAGCCAAUUAAAAUCACAAACAACUUCAGCACACAUCCAAGUCCCAAACCCCAGAUAAGAUUGUCCAAAACUCGGCCAGUAAAUGUCAGCAGCCGAAACCAGAAAUCAUCAAUGUGGGAUUUUUUCAGGUUAGGUUUGGUUCGAGCACCAGAACUUGAAUUGCAAGACUUGAAAGUUCGUAGCAACAACACUAAUGCUAAUAGAAAUUCGGUCAGCCGAAACAGCAGUUGUAAUAGCAGUAACGGCAGUUCAAGCACCAAGAACGGCACCAGUAAGAUUGUUGUUAACAUUGGUACUGAAGGCGCAAAGAAUCAGCAAGAUUUGAAGAAAGGGUUCUUAGAAAAGAGAAUAGGGUUGUUUAGUGGAUGUAAAUGUUCAGUUAAUGCAGUUGAAACAGUUCCACUGAACAACAUAAUCAUCAUCAAAAGUAACAAGAACAGCGAGAAAGAGAAAGCAAUGUUGCAUGCCGCCAUGAAAGAGAAAAAGAAGCUGCUGCAAGAACUGAAGAUAAGGAAGAACAGGAAAGAAAAGGAAAAUGAAAAGCAAGAAGGGAAGCAAGCUUUUUCACGUCAUCGAACGUUUGAAUGGUUAAAGGAGCUUUCACAUGCAAGCUAUGUUGAUGAGGCCUAA